UACCAGUCUUGGGGUAGAGCCCUGGUGACCUUGACCUGCUCCGCGUUUACUGUGAAUUCUUCUUGGUGACGGUCAGAGGAAAUAGGAAAACCCCCCUCUGUUUCAUGUGGUCUUUUGCUGCGUUUGUAGCAUGGGCCUACCUGACUGCCGGUUUCUUGCCUGUGCUCAGUGCAUGGCUGGAGGACGCUGGCUGACUUCUUACAGCCUGGCUGGAGCAGCGACACAGAGUUCACUGUGUCUUAAGUACUCGUUCCUUGCAUCAUGGAGUCUUGCAAGCUUUCUCUGAGGUUUCUGGAGAGAUUUUCAAAGGUUUACCAGUCUUCACCAUUGUCUGCACGUUGCCAGAGCAGGGGCAUUCUCUGCUUGGUCACAGUGACACUGAAACCAGACUGGCCGGGUGUCAGCAGGUGUGUAGCUGCUCAGGCUAAAGCUUGUGUUUCUCCAUUUUGUGUUUUAUUUUAACUGAGUGAGAAUGCGCUCAUCUAUUCUUUAGCAAGCCUGUGUACUGUGCAGCAGGUUGGCAGCAUCAUUCCUGUAAUUUUUAGCUGAGUUGGCCUUCCCUUCUAGACGAAGGCAUUACUUUAGCUUCUGGAGGUGUGAGAUAAAACAGACAACAUCUCACUCUUGUACCACGUGCAUCUCUGACAAAGCACAUCCCAGGCUUAAGGGUGCCAGUAGCCCCCAGCGACCUGUUCAUACCUCUGCCAAGAUAGAAAUAACUGAACUGAAUGUAAUUUCAGUUUUGCUGCCCUGAUACAAGGUCAUCUGUGUAUGGAAACCUAUUUUGGUUUGAAACGGGACACUCUUCAGAAAUGUGUGUCCACAGUUAGAAGCGCCGUGAAGCAAUACAGGGUCUCGAUUUUGCUCAUUCCGUUGCUUAAGUUCCUGUUUCCAUUCCAUUCAGUCACAAAGUGUAGAUUUUUGCAGCUGGUUGAGGGCAAGUGUUUCCUAAGGGAGCCUGUGUGCAGGGGUGAUUCCAGGCAUGCCUUCAAUGGUGGUGAAAUGUGACACUGAAAUUCUUCCUGUUUGUGAUGGUGGCCUCCAAGGCCCUGAUGCUGAUUGCCACUGCGAGCUCCUGUUUUUCUGAUUGGAACUAUGUCCUGUUCCAUGAACAGAAAUAGAAAGCUGGUUGGGGCCGUGUCUGGUUCCCAGGCACCGUGGGAAGCUUGGGAAUGGUGCAGCAGUGUGGCUCCAGAGCAGCGUGUGGGAGAAUUGCAGCAGUGUGGCUCUGGAGCAGCGUGCAGCAGAAUUGCAGCAGUGUGGCUCCGGAGCAACACGCAGCAGAAUUGCAGCAGUGUGGCUCCAGAGCAGCGUGUGGGAGAAUUGCAGCAGUGUGGCUCUGGAGCAGCGUGCAGCAGAAUUGCAGCAGUGUGGCUCUGGAGCAGCGUGCAGCAGAAUUGCAGCAGUGUGGCUCUGGAGCAGCGCACCUCGUGCCAGCAGUGCUGCCCGCCUUCCCACAGAGAUGGAGUGAUGGGCCGAGGGUUUGAGCAGCAUGUCUGCUUUGCUUUAUGGGACCAUUUCUCACAGACUACAGGGAUGCAGUCAGGUAGCUGGGGGUUUUUUCCAGUUUUGCCUUAGCUCAUACUUUCCUGCCUGUGGGAAGAGCAAGCCAGUGUCAAAGUGCAGGGCUUGUAGUUGGAGGAAGAAACAAUAACACCAUUCUCCAUCUAAGUCCCUGGCUAUUUAACUUCAGAGCUUGACCUGCUUUGCUGGCAGCAUGACGUUUCUGUAGCAGAUGCAUUGAAAGCCUGAUCUUGUCAUGUACCCACCAGCUCUUGAACUUGCUGAACUUGUUGAAAAGAAACACUGAGAGCAGAAAAUGGAGGAGGAACUCACAAUAAUGCAUUCAUUUCUGAAAGCGGGUUCUUCUGCUGUAUGUGUGUCCCAGGCAGAGACCAGCAGUGUGUGUGGUCAGUCACCUCAGGGGAGCCAGCAGAAAAGUAUGCCUAGGAUAAACUAAUAAAGGCAGAUGAGCUAACAAGGAAAUGGGAGAGAACAAGCAAAAAGGCUAUAAACAGACUAACUUGGGAGUACUGGCAGAAGGGGAAGUGUGUGUGAGUGUUGGGUUGUGGGAAGAGAGCUGUGCCAGAAACCACCGGAGUCCCAGAAGGCCUCUGCUACGCUGGGCGUCAAAAUCCCCAGGACACUGUGCCUCCUGCCUUGAGGCGUGUCUGGUUCCAGGGUUGGGCAGGACUCAGGAUAGAGCCGGCAGCAUGGUGGCUGCCUGUUCAGGAGUGCAUCCUGUCCAUCUCAACCUGCAACCAUCCCACUCUGCUCUGCUGCACGCUGCUUGGGGCUGGUGCUGACAGGGUGCACAGGGACUCUUUCUGUUAGAGGCACAUUCUUUCCCCACUGGCUUUAUCUGGGUGGCCCCACAGUGUUCUGAAGCUUCUUCCUUCCCCAGAGCUCACAUCCGGCUUCCUUUGGCAGCUGGGGACUGGAUGUGGCCCCACAGCUGAAACGACUUCCAGAGAGCAUGCUCCCAGCAAAUGGGAAAAAUGUUGUUCUCAUUGUUUUGUUCUGUUCCCGGAAUAACCCUGCAGUGAGCAAUUCGGCGCAGGCAGCUUGCUGCAGGAUGCUGACGGGCCAUAUCCUGGGCUGAGUGCUCGGCCGCUGUGAUGGUAGGUGGGCAUGCAGGUCAAACUCACAUUGCUAAAGAGAAUCAAAAUAACAAGCUGCCUAAUAGAGGUAUUUAUAGAAUCCUGCUCCUUAAUUUAAUCUUCUCUUUCACUGUUUGUUUUUAAUUUUUAAGUUAAAAGGCGCAAUAGAAGAAAACCAAACUUUGUUGACGUUCUCACUGAGAAGUGUGUUGUAAGUAAUCAUCUCUGCGAUUGCCCAGCCAGAGACUCCCGUCUGACCUGUGCAGAGUUCACAAAAACAUUUAUCCCAGCGUGCAGCUGACUUCUGCUGCUCCGUAUCUGUUCCAGAUGUAUCCUCAGUGCCACCUGCACAGCGGGCAGCUGCCCAGAGUGGCUGGCCUGGUGUGGCAGAGCCCGGCCAUGCUGCAGUGGCCGCAGCAGGUUUGCUUGCUGGGCAGGUGCUGCGCCAUCGCUGUCGGCUGCAGGCACGGGCAGAGGAAGGUGCUGAGCUGACUGGGCAGGGGCAGCUCGGUGCCCCUUGCUGCAGCAGGUGCUGCUGCGGGUGCUGCACCGGUGCUGCACCGCAGUUACCCCCUGGCAUCCACCAUGGGCAGGCGGAGAGCCCCGCGCUGCUGCCAUAGAGGGGCUUUGUGUGAGAUGGCACAAAGUGAGGAUUGAUGCAGUUUCCCCUCCCCCUGCCGUGCCGAGCAGGGCUGCAAAUGGCUCCCACAAAGGUGCCCUUCUUCGUUUGCUGAGGACAGGGUGCCAGCGGGCUGACGGGGACCACACUGCAGAUUGGAGCUCCCACUCCUUCUAUGCAGGUGCCGGGGACCCCCUUGUCCUCAGCCCUGCCCAGGCUGACCCAGCAGCUGCUCAGGUUCCUGCUGGGGCAGCUGGGCCUUCCUGCAGCAGGCACAGCAUGGUGACACAGGGCCUGGGCAGCGUUCAGCAGCAGGCUGAACUUCAUCAGGGUGCGUUUGGUGGAGGCUGGAGGCAUGGUGUGAGCAGAUCUGCUUCCCUGCAGUGCAGCUGCAGCUGCGCGGGAACCUGCUGUGUGGUGUUCUUAGCACGCUGGGCAAUAUCAUCACUUACCUGGAUUUCAGUUCAAAAUGGUCUAAGAGAAGCUUAUGUCAGCAUUCAUUACCUCCCAGCUCCUCCCAGUAUCUAGUAACAAGUCACCACAAUACUGAGUUACUUGAAAAGGUUCGGAAAACAUCGAUGAGGAACAGAUUGUAACCUCUUUGUUAAAUUCACGUUAUGUUUGUUCCAUGCUGUAUGUUUGAGGUUUUGCAUUAUUUGCGAGGCCUCUGGAUGAGCUGUGGGGUGGCACAGGUGGCGCAGGGUCUGUCAUGGCUGUGCCAGUGCCUCCAGCAUUUCUGCAGCAGGGUCCCGUGCUCCUUGCCCACUCUGAGGACAGGGAGCCUGCUGGGAGAGGAGGGUGAGCCCCUGUGGCUCAGGCUGUGCUUACCAUCAUGCUCAAAGGUUUAAGCUGCUUUGGGAGUCAAGAGGGGUCAGUUUGCUCUGUGCGCUGGAUGCGUGUCCUGGUGCUAAAGCAGAGCUCUGUCCUCUGUUUGGUUCAUCAGCAGUAGUGUUUGCACCAUUACUGGUCACUAGCACCUGUUGUUUUGGAGUCCUCAAGUAGUAUGGCUGUUCAUGUGACAUUAUUAUUAUUUACAUAGGGCCCAGACUUGCUCUUUUUUAUUGCCUGCAGCACGAUGUUUGUUCUGACUGGGCAUUGUGAAGUGUAAACCCAGGUCCCACUGGCACCAGUACUCACCUCUACCUUUUCUAGAAGCAGAUCAGUCCAUAAUGCCUGAGGUGCGAGACCUCACGGAUGCCUUGCCCGACCUGCCGAUGGAUCCCAUCACAGGCGUUGGUGUGGUCGCAUCCCGGAGCCGAGCGCCCACUGGAUAUGAUGUUGUUGCACAAACAGCAGAUGGUUUGGAUGCUGACCUGUGGAAAGAUGGCUUAUUUAAAUCGAAGGUCACACGGUACCUGUGCUUCACCAGGUCAUUUUCAAAAGAAAAUAGUCAUUUAGGCAAUGUCUUGGUUGAUAUGAAGCUCAUUGAUAUCAAGGACACUUUACCUGUAGGCUUCAUGCCCAUCCAGGAGACCAUUGAUACACAAGAGGUAGCUUUCAGAAAGAAGAGGCUGUGCAUUAAAUUCAUCCCUCGAGAUUCUACAGAGGCAGCGAUCUGCGAUAUCCGAAUCCUGGGGAGAUCUAAGCAAGCCCCUCCUCAGUACACAUUCAUAGGGGAGCUGAACAGCAUGGGUAUCUGGUAUCGGAUGGGCAGAGUGCCACGCAACCACGACUCUGCACAGCCCGCGGCUCCUCCCGCCCCAGCACCGGCUUCAACACCCGCUCCCAACCUGCCAAGGCACAUCUCGCUGACGCUGCCAGCCAGCUUUCGGGGGAAGAGCCACAGCAGCCGCCUGGACUUGGAGCACCAGCACUCCAACCUGUACGCCAUCUCAGCAAUGGAUGGAGUGCCUUUUAUGAUUUCGGAGAAGUUUGCCUGCGCUCCUGAAGGGAUGCAGCCAGUUGAUCUCUUGGGUAUCACAAUCAAAACCCUUGCAGAAAUCGAAAAGGAGUACGACUACAGCUUCCGGACGGAGCAGAGCGCGGCGGCCCGCCUGCCGCCCAGCCCCACCCGCUGCCCGCCGCUCCCGCCGUCCUGAGGGGCCGCGGGGCCGGAGCGUGUGUGCGUGCAUACUACUGAGCAGGACACGGGACACAGCCACGGAACCAUCCCGGCAGCCUCCCCGCGGCCGGCCACCGCCACCACCCUGCGCUGCACCGCCCCCUGCACACGCGCUCCGCUGUCGGACCGCGACCCUUCGGCAGCUGCCCCCUCCCCUCGCCCCCUGCUGCUGCAGACCCCUCUCCACGUGAGUACGGGAUGGGGAGCCUGACGCAGCCCCACGCUCAUCCCCACUUUGUAAUCCUGCUGCAGGACAGUCACAGAAUCCAGAGCUGUAGCAAACCUCUGCGAACACAGCCGGGAGCUUGCGGAGCAUCGACAAAUCUUAGCCCUAAAAGAAACAAUGAAAGGCACAGCUGGGUACUGCCACACGAGCUGCCGUGGAGCUGCUUGGCUCUGGACACCUUGCAGCAGGAGGGUCCUGCGGCACUCAGUCCAGCACAGAACUCGGCUGCAGUGAAUGCCAAUCCCUCUGCCAAGGCCUGGGCACGGAAGUUCUGCUGCGGCUGGGAUCCGUCUCAGAUCCACUGUGGUCACUGGAUUUGCUGUAUGCUGGGGGAGCCAGGCCCCCUGGCUCUCCCUGGGCACUGGCAGGGCAGGGUGGGCAGGGUGCCCAAGGUGCACUGCAGGUCCUGCGAUGAAGCACCCUCGCUUUGCACAGGGUGUCCAUAUGGAUCUAGGGCAGCAAGCAUCCCGUGUUUCUUUCUGGACGGAUGCUGGCAGCAACACCCUAGCAGUGCCCCACUGACCUUGGCCAAGCUGCUUAUGGACCUGCUGACAACUGGGAUGUCACCACCUGCCCGUCAUCGAGACAGUUGUCUAACAUGUUCCCCACUAGCUGCUAAAACAAAAGAGAUGUGCCUGUUUCCUGGGCGUUCAUGGGGAAGCACUGAACACUGACAUGGCACAGGAUGAGUGGGAUGCAUUAAGCCCUGACCUCUGCCUCCCUGUGAUCGCUGACUGGGCUUGCUCCCAAGCCAAACGCAUGUCUUGGAGAAGUCCAUUGCUGUAAUAAGUUAUUUACAAGUGCCCAUCUGACUCUGUGCUGCUCUUUCAAGUCUCUGCUGUAGAACAAAGAUGCGUCAUGGCAGCAAAAUAACAAUUUUCGAGUAGGAGUGUAAACUACAAUUUUUUGUAUUGUAAAAUACUGAUUCCCUGACCCCACUGAAAUGCAAUUGCCAUGGUAACAGUAACAGUGUUGUUGCUCUCAGCCUGGGUCGUACAUGUGCCCUGACCCACUUUGCACACCCUUGGAUGGAUCUGGCAUUUGUUAGUUGCACAGAGUGGUAACUAACAGCAGUUUUUUUACUGUUGGCUAAUAUUUUUUAUUUGUACAUAAGUAAAAUAAUUCUUGUCCAAAGGUUCAUUUCUAGUUUUAAGGCACCACACUGUACUGCUGGGAUAAAGAGCACAAAAUACCGUGACAUUCAGGACAAACUGAGUCCAGAUCUUUGCUUCAGCUUCUUCCAAUCAGGUAAAUAAUUUUCUGGAGCUGCCUCUGUAGACUGGCCAUGGGGGUGGAGAGCAGAGGCCAAUUUGGUUGUAUGUAUGUUGUUUUUGGACAAAAGAGUAAAAGCUGUGCUCCAGCCCUGGAGCCCUUGGGUGACCCCCUGGAAGUGCUCAUUUACUUGGAGCUUGCACCACCAUUUUUAGUUGUUAUUUAUCCUGCAGUAAAGAAAAGCCAGACCUCACUGCCAGGCUUCACAAAGGCCAGAUUGAUGAUGCCGACAUCGACAAAUGAACAUACCAUGGCAGCUUGGUCAUUCGGCUCAGGUUCACUUCAAGUUCAAAUCCACUCUGUGCUGUAGCGCUGUGCCCAUCUCAUCCAUCUUUUGUCUUUCUAUUUUUCUGCUUGUAAUUUGUUCUGUAGUUUUCUGUGACAUCCAUUUAUAGCUUCUCCUGUGGCUCAGUGGUCACGACAGGUAGGCAGGAGCCAUCUGCAGCAGUGUGUUCCUCAUAGCUUUGGGAUGAGAGCUGACCUUCCCUGUUCACGGUGGAGGAACGAGGGCUGUGGACUAGCACAGGGCACAGCACAGCCAGCAUGAUGUGCAGAGCUCCAGGGGCUGGAGCUCCAGGGUGCCUGCCCCUGGGAGAUUGAGAGACAGUGCCAGGGUCCCCUCCUCGAGCCACCUCUUCCCGUGAGGGCAGGGUGCCUGCGCAGCAGGCGGGGGCUCAGCAAGGAGCAGGUUCUGAGAGCUGCCGAGCCCCACGCUCAGUGCCACGCUCCCUGGGUAUGUCUGGGGAAAUGGGUGCAGAGCUUCGAGUCCCCUAUGUAAGAGAGAAUCAAUGAUUUAAUAUUUAUACCUACUGCUAGGUUUGCUCAGCCUUCUCGGAGAUGACAAGCUCGGCUUGCUCUGCAGUGACCUACAGGAAACACUGGAUAUUUGAAACACUGGCAGGAUACGCGGCUGCGACAGGCAUCUACAUCUUCAGGAUAUAUUUGUAUACUUACUUCUCCCUCUCUAGCACUGGGCCAGCAUAGCUGCUUCAGGACUCACCUCAAAGAACCUCGAGAGAUGAAUUUGCUCUCCAUGGUAUGGUCCUGCGCCAUGGCACUGCAGGGACAGCCUGUUCCAAAUGCAGACAGGACAGAUGCAGUUCCUGCGGGGCAAGCACAAUGAAGGUGUUUCAAACAAAAAGCUGCACCUGCUGGGAGGCAGCUGAGCUCUCAGCCCUGCUAACCACUGGCUGGAAAACUAGGCAAUUUCAGAAGGGAGAGGGCUUGGAGCCAGUGCUUAGAAGCACAGCGAGACACAGUGCAGGGUGGUUGACUGUGUCAGCUUCUCAGUCCACUGAUCAGAGGAAGCUUUUUUUAUUGCACUGCUGAAUUCCCGAGACCAGGGGUGUCAGGUCAGCGUUUCCAUGGGAAGGUUUUAUUGGCUGUCCAUAACUUUUGUACUCACGGCAGCUCAUUGCAAGGCUGGUCCUUGCAUCCUUACAGCGAGUCCUCCAUGCUGGCGUGUGCCAUGGCCAGCACCAGCAUCUCUCUGUGUCUUCCUCUCUGUCCAAGAGAUGACUGUGGAAGAAUUUGCCCAGGCAAUAAAUGUUCAGGGAGUCUGAUGUGGAUAUUGUCUGGCGAUGGAGAAGCCUUCUGAAGCAUAAGGGGAAGAGUCAGUGGAAAGCAACAAGUGAAUUUGCAGAGCUUUACCAGAUGUUCUUGGCUACCUUGCCUGAAUCUGUAGAACAAAACUGGUCUCUAGGUAGUUUAAUCUUGUGGCUGAUGGAGAAGUUUGUUUGUCAAAUUAUUAUACAUCUGCAACAGAGAGAGAAAAGCAGCAGUGAGGGGUUUGCUUACUGUAAAAUACGCCUUCUGAUGUGAACUCAUAGUGACACGCUGCCUUCUGGAUUCCUCACGGCAAGAAGCCGGUCGUGUGCUGAGGUGACUCGUGGCCACCAAGGCCAGGCUGUGCUCUCUGCUGUGUUGAUCAUGGCAAGGCAAGAAGUUAGUCCAGAAAGUGAUGUAGAGUGUGAACUUCGUGAUAAAAUUCAAGUGUGAAUAGUUGUAACAGGUGUCUUUCCUUACGGGAGCACCUCGUAUCUGUAGUUCCAUAGGAGUAAACUGUGUCAGACUUUUCCUGUGACUGUUCCUGCGUGUCCCCACGGUGUUUGUUGGAGGUUUCCUGGGAGCCUCCUGUGCUGUGGGAGGUUGUUGGUAGUCUGUAUCAUUGGGCUUGUUUGGUUUCACACCCGCCACUGCCCCCUCAGUGUCCUGAGCUCUCCAGACUGAACCCGCACGCUGCCGAGCCUGGAGAAUCCUGUCCCGGGCACUGCAUGUGCCAGGUAGGUGCUAGUGGCAAGGGCAUGCCUUCGUGGGCCUUGGCACCUCCUCUUCUGUGGGGCCCUGAAAUCUCCUGGGAGGAGGGGAAGCGGGGUGGAGCUGGCUGGUGCCGUGUUGGCCUUCGCCUCCCCGCUCUCCCCCGGUGACACUGGGUCUGUCUCCCCAGAUGUGCCCUGGCCGCUCUCCCACGGCGGCCCCAGGAGCCCGGAGAGCUGUUCCUGCUCCUCCCAAAGGGCAGGCGCACCUCGCUACAUCCAAAUAAUUACCUCAGCCUCGGAGCCUUGACGAACAGCCAGGAAUCCCUCCCAGCAGCAGAAAUCCCCCAGCAGCGGGGCAGCCGAGCGUGCUGGUGUCAGUCACCGCAGCCUUAUCGCCCGGGCUGUGGUACGGAGACGGGGAGAGGCUGCUCCUCUGCUCACAAACAAGCUCACUGAGGUGCUGCUCAGUUCAUUCACCACAGGGAAACCAAACAAUUCGGAUAUUCUGGUAGUUUGUUGUGAAAUUGUUUCCUAACAGCAACAGAUUUAAGUGUCAUCAUACAAAUGGCAGAGAGAAACCUUUUAUGCAGUUGCAAAGUGGUUUUCUAAGAUGGUUGGGUUACUGAAAGUGGUUUUACUGUGCAUUAAUCUUAUGAAUGUUACUAUGUUUUAUAUUUAUUUUAGAUGACCCUCCUGUAUUUUGCAAAGGGAAGUUUCAUUGUGUGAUAACUCAGUCUGUAUUCUUAAUAUAAUUUGUUAAAUGAAACUUGUUUUAAUCAGAUACUUCCGUGGACUUUUAUGUUUUAAUUUUCUCACUGAACAACUACCUGGAUCGGAAGGGUUAACUACAGAAGGUGGCAAUGCCAUCCCCUAUAGGGGGUGUGCUCUUGUUUGUUGGCUUUUUUUAAAUUGGAAAUUUAAAAAUUGGAUAUAAAAAGCCUUGGAGAAUGUGUCCAGGAUGUCUUGUUCUACAGGUGUGCUGCAAAGCCAAAACAAACGCAGAUGACGUGUUUUAGGGGGCGGGAUUGGGCCAAGCCCGGCGAGGGCAGUGCUCAGCACAGCGAUGGUGCUGGCAGCAGUGAGGGCAGCGCUCGCCCCCUGGGCUCAGCAGUGGCCACACUGGAGGCAGCAAGCCCUGAAGGGAAUGCGCUGCUCAGCCAGGGGGAGGCUAAUACUGCACUACACCGAAAAUAGUUCUUCUUUGUGCUAAAUUAUUAUUCUUCUGAACUUGACCCAAGCUAGUGGCGCGCAAUCUGACCUCUGGCAUCUUCUCACCCCAGACAGUAUUUCUGUCUCGCUUAUUUUGAGUGCUCUUUGAAUUAAGGGAGAUUAAUACCCAAGUUCCCGACAUUCUCUUCGGGCAUAUGUUUUUAUAACCUUUUGAAAGCAGUACCACUUGUUCCACAAAAAACUCAGAAGCAGCGUCUUGUGGCUGCCAUGGGAGCUGUCACCGGCACCUGAUUGAAUGUCCUGGCUGGGGAGGAGGUGGUGUGGGGAGGACAUAAACCAGAGUGGGGCCAUCCCGUGCCAGCCCAUGGCUUCCCAGGCAGCAGGCAGGCGUGGACUCUGCCGAGUCAGGGCUGUGCUGGUGGGGCCUGCCAACAUCUCUGUCACCUGCUGCCACUGGAUGUGGGCUCGUUCCUGUGGCACAGCACACCCAGUGCCUGGGAAUGCAGCUGAGCCUGGCCAGGAGGACCCUCAUCCCCCCAGAGCUGGGCUGGGACUGGAGCUGGCUUACAUCCAUCAUCCGUGGAAUUUGGUUUCUAAGGAAAAUUUCUAAUUUCUUCUGCUCUGCUUAGUGCUUUGAGACGUGGGAGCAGCCGUCUCUCGCUGGAGAGGUGUCUCGUGGCCAUUCCUGCCCUAAGGAAAUCCUCCCAGUGCCUGAGGGGAGCAGCAGGGGCUGGAGGCGGCUGGCACCGUCCCUGUGUCAUCAGAGGGUUCUUUUGGGCUUUGUGUGCCGGUGGCUUUGGUGGUGUUUUGUUUUCUUUUCUCCUCUCCCUCCUACAGCUUUAAAAAUUAACUUGCCUGGGGAGUUUCUCAAAAUCCUUUCCUUUCUCUGGAAUGAUGGAUAAGCCAUGUAACUGAUUGUCGUGGCCCUAGGGAGGAUAAAUAUCUUCUGCAGUUUAAAAUAAAACCUUCUCGCUCCUUGGUUAAUAAGUGUUGAAAGAAGCACAAACAGAGCUAACACGGGAUUUCCAUGACUAACAAGAUGACCACAUCAGUGAAUGUUGUCUGGGGUUAAAAAUGACUCAGCUUUUGCUUCCCCUGGGUAAGAUGUUUUAUCCCAGUGCAGGAAAAGCUGCCAACAGCACUUUGAAGCUCUGGCAAACGCGAUGGAGCCAGGAUUGUGAACUGGGAAGUGUUUGAAUGCCGGGUUAAAAAAACCCUCAUAAACUCUGCUCCAUGUGUGCGGAUUUCUGGAAGAUAAAGGAGCCCACAGCUUCAUCCAGCUUGUGCUGACUCUUUUCUUUUCAAAAGCCUUUUCAGAUGUUUUCACUUUUCUGCUUGCUUUGUUGAAAGAUGUAAAAAUUUAAGACAACCACAAAGUAAACAUUUCAAAACUUUCUAUUCUGAAAAUUAGUGACAUUUUCAAAAUCCCUCAAAUUCCAUUUCAGCACUAUCAGAAAUGAAGAUGUUUGGGGUUUUUUUUGAUUGUCAAAUUUUCCUGGCAGGUUUUUGUUUAUUGAUAACUUUUAUUUUUCAAAGAAAAUAGAUUUAUUAUUCAGUAGAAACACUAGAUAAGUAGAUGUCUUGUCAAAAUCAAGCAGGU